AUGAUGAAAGCGCGCGACGCGGAGAAAACGAAAGAAAACGAUGAGCGGUCGCCGAGCGAGGCGCGCACGCUGUUCUAUUCGCCGUAUUACGACGUGCCGAGCGAUUUGGGGUUCCCGCCGGCGCCGCGCUCGACCGCGGGCACCGGGCACAGCGCGGCGCCGAGUUCGACGCGUGGGUUCUCGCUAAAGAAGAUGUAUCACUCCGCGAUCAGCGCAUUUAAGCCGUUCAAGCGAUCGCGAUCGCCCGAGCGCGCGGGGAAGGGUACGGAGACGGGGAAGACGCUCCGAAGGCCGAAGGCGCGCCGCGCCGUAAACGCGAACGCGAAGAACGCGACUUCGUCGUGGUUUUGGGUAUUCGAUAGCCCGAAAUCCGAUCCCCCAGCGAACGACGAGAACGAGUCGGGUGCAGUGGUGAAUGAUAUGUCGAUCGAGGAGGGAGCGAACGUGCUCGGGGAAAUCAAUCGAGAUUUCAGCGCAAACGCGCGCGAGACAACGACGAGAUUGACGACGCAGCCGAAGAAUGCUUUACACGUGAGGAAGACGAUUCGAAAGAAACCACCGGUCGCUCCAGCGGCUUCGAAGUACCAUAGAAGACGCACCGAAACACUGAAGAAUGGACAGGUUCGAAAGUGUUCGAGGUGCGCGAUCGAGGGCGACAAUUCAAUCCACUGGCGUCGAUCGUACGAUUCGAAGAGUCCAUUCUUCGGGUCAGACCUGUGUGAUCGGUGCGGCAAAGCGGAAUCGCGCGCAUUAGCGAAGCUAAACUCUUCUACGGCGAAGGUUGUUGUGGCGAAUCGACGUCGUACUGAUACUCGCGCAAUGCCGCGCCGUCGAUGA